AUGACGCAAUUCACUCUGAAUAAAAGUGCAAAAAUCAAAAUUGAUAAUGCACUUGCCUAUUUCAUUGCAACAAAUAUGAUGCCGUAUAGUUUAGUGGAAAAGGAUGGAUUCAAACUAUUUGUAAAUGAGUUAAAUCCUAGCUACAAGCUACCAGGUCGAAAAACUCUUACAGAAUCCCGAAUUCCGUCUAUGUAUAGUGAAACACGUGACAUUAUAGGGAACAUAAUUAGGAGCGCCGAUGUUUUUACUUUUACCACGGACUGCUGGACUUCAAGUUCAAACCAACCGUUUAUUGGUCUCACGUGCCAUUUUAUCAACGAUAAUUUCAAAUUAACUUCAGCCUGUUUGGGUUGCAUUGAACUGUCGGAAGACCACACUGGGGAGAAUAUAGCCGAUGUAGUUCAAACGUUGUUUUUAGAUUAUGAGAUACCGGAUAGGAAAAUAUGUUCGAUAGUGACUGAUUAUGGAUCUAAUAUGCUAAAGGCUGUACGCAAUUUAAAUAUACCACAUGUAGCUUGUUUUGGCCAUGCUCUUAACACGACAGUUUCACGCAUCUUUAAUAUGGACGAGAUAAAAGAUGUAGUCCAUAAAAUCAAAUUAAUCCAUAAUAUAUUUGCCCAUAGUUGGAAGGCAGUACGAGAAAUGAGAAAAAUUUAG